AUGCCGUGGAGGUUUUCCUAUCCGCCAGAGGCGACGGUCCUUCUCGCGCCAGACUCCGACUGCUGCAAAAUAUUCACCGACGUGGAGUGCGAGCUGCUGCAGAGGGUCCCCGUAGCAUCGGAGGCCAUCUCUAGGAUAGGCUCCACCGAUCCCGCGGCAAUGCUGUUCGAUGCCGCCGCGGCCUUCGAAGAGGGUGACCCCAGGGCGGAUGAGAACAUCCGUGCGAUGGAGCGAGACGGAGACGCAGACGGCGAGGGUCAUCCGCUGCUGGAAGCGGUGCAGUCUUGCAUCGCAGCGGCUGCGGGGGAAUUCGACAUCCCUAGGCAAAAGGCGCUGAUGCGAGCCGCGGGGUACGGCAAGAGUUUCCUGUCGGACUACGACAGCGACGAGUUCGUAGAGUGCUGCCGGAAGCUGAGGGUGCUCAACAACUGCAGGCACAAGUCGUGCGGCAUGCCGCUCACGUCCCAGCAGUACGACAGGCUUACGCCGGAGGUCCUGGUGGACCGAUUAGCGAUGAGACACCUGCACCUGCUGGCAGUCCGGGUGUGCGACCACCUCCGGCUUCGGCGAGAUCGCGUGGCCGUACACUGGGCCUGCAAGAAGAUAGCCAAGGCUUGCAACGAAGCCUCUGCCGGAGAGCCGGGCGCGCCCACCGACGACGACUUGACUAGGGAGGUGGUGGAGAAGCUGCGACCCUGCGGACAGAUAUCCUACGCCGACGUGGCUCGAGCGGCGGAGAGGUCGGGCAGGCGGCGAUUAGCCACCAUGCUCUUGGACCUAGAGCCCCUGGCAUCGGACCAGGUGCCUCUGCUGCUGUCAAUGGGAGAGAACGAGCUGGGUCUGAAGAAGGCCAUCCUGUCCGGCGAAGAUGACCUGGUGUACCUGUCGGUGAUGCACAUCGAGCAGGAGGCCGGGUCGUCGGAGAAAGGGAGGGAGGCGUUUUGCGAGCUCAUGCACGCACACCCGGAGGCCCUCCGCCUGCUCAAGGUCUAUUACCGCGAGAAGGGGGGUUACAUGGAGCGGAAGAAGCUGCACAACCUGUGCGUGUUCAGCAAGCAGUACCUGGAGGCGGGCACCUUGGCCAUAAGGAAGGCCUACACGCAGGAACGCCUGGACGGUAGGCUGGAGGGGUUGAAGGAAGCCGAGGGUAUGUUCGCACACCGCAAGGAGCUGGCGUUUCAGCAGGCCUGCACCAAGGAUCAGGCGGAGCUGCUCGAGUAUCAGAGGGUCUUGGAGCGAAAAACGGGCCUGGAUGUGUUCGUGGACAUGUCGGUGAGCGAGACGUUGUACCACCUGAUCGUGGUCGGUGCGUCGGGGGGUGUGGAGGGGAGGGACGGGCAGCAGCUCCUUGCCGAGGCGUCGGCCUUGCAGAAGAAGCUCAAGGUCCCCGACAAACGCUUCUGGCACAUCAAGAUUAAGGCGCUGGCCUCCGUGGGGGAGUGGGAGGCCCUCCGAAAGUUCGGAGCCGAGCGCAAGAGCCCCAUCGGCUACAAGCCCUUCGCCUUGGCCUGCAUGCGGAAGAAACCGACGGGGUUGCUCGGCGAUGACACGGAGCGGUACAUCACCGGCUACAUCGAGAGGAUACCUCAAGCGGAAGAUCGGUACGACCUGUACCUUGAGAACAAAUCGUGGGAGAAGGCGGCUGAGGUAGCAGCGAGACUCAAAGACCCAAGGAGGAUAGCUGAGGUGCGGGGACUAGCCACGCCGGCGGGGACGGCAUCAGCCUCUCAGACAACAUCAGGCGGCGGCGGCGGCGGUGGCGACGGGUUCUCAAGGCCCAAGUAG